CCCUCACUUCUACUGCAUGCAGCGCGGUUAAGGGUUGUUGUGUUGGUUGUUGCUCUACCACGUUUUCUUCAUCAUCAUAAUCAUGGCUACAGCAGACUUUUCCACAGUAUCAGAAAGCGUAGAAGAAGCCCCCUGCUCAGAAGAUCAAAUAAAAAACGAGGACAUCAUCAUGUCUGGCUUUCUCACAAAAGAAGGUGGUGUCUACAGAACUUGGAAGAAGCGUCACUUUGUUCUAGAAGGAACCAGCCUCAGGUAUUACAAGAAAGAAGGUGACACUGACCCUAAAGGAACAGUUGAUCUCACUGAAGGCCGUGGUGUGAGGACCAAGGAUGAGACCAGUGGUGUGGAGUGGCCUGAUGCUGCUAAGAAGGGGCUAGCAUUUGGACUGGCAGUCACUGGAAGGACUUAUUAUUUUUAUGGCAGUGAUCCUAAAGAAGUCAAAAAGUGGAAAGAAGAGCUCUCUUCAAUCAUAGAUGAGCACGGUGAAUUCACGUCAGACUGGGAGAAUGAUAGUGAGGGUCUUCCGGAACCGGCAGUUUCAAAAAUGAUCCGAGGUGUCGCUAAAUUUGGAGCUGGAAUUGUCAAAAAAUUUGUGAAAGACUCUGGACUGGUUGACGAACAGACGGCAAAUAUAAUAGAAGGAGCAGCUGAUGCAGUCCAGGACCAGGCAGAGGCUGAUCAUAACACUAGUCUUGCUGAUAGAGCUAAAAUGGCUGUUGGUGAUGGAGCUGGUAUUAUUGGUGACAAUGUUGAUAAUCAGUACGUGAGUGCUGGUUGUGCUAUAGUAAAGGAGCAAGCUGAAGCUGAUGAUGACACUACCCUAACCCAAAGAGCUGGUAUGGCACUAGGGACUGGACUAAAGGAGACAAGUGGACUAGUUGAUAAUGAAAUAGUUGGAGAUGUGAUGAAAGUUGGUGGUGGAAUGAUACACGAUCAAGCAGAAGCUGAUCCAAACGCAAGCAUAGGAGAACGUAUAGCCAUUGGAGUGGGUGGUGCAGCCUCUGGAGUUGGUGAUUGUGUUGGAGAUGACACGGCAAAGGAAGUUUUAAAAGGAGUUGGUAAAGGGGCGGAGAAAGUUAAUGAGAAAUUAAAAGAGAAGAGAGAGAAGGAAGAAAAGGAAGAGAAAAAGAAAAAAAAAGGUGGUGAUGAUGAUAAAGAUGAUGAAGAUGACGAUGGAUCAGAGAGCGACUGACUAAAAUGAAUUCAUAUUGACAAUAUUAACUUAAUUCAUGAUUUUUGUACACUUAAUCAUUUAUUCUAUUGCUGACAAUUGAAGUUUGCUAUUAUAAAAAUU